GCAGUGAGUGAGCAUGGGUCGGUGCCAAACUCUGCAUCAAGCAGACAAACAAGCAAACACCGGGCCACAGCAACAGGGAGUGGGAGGAAGGUGCGACUCUUUCACUUUCUCUUUGAGAUGCUGGAGGAUCCAAACAUGGCCCACUGUGUGUCCUGGGUCCCGGCGGCCGCCGGCGUCUUCCGCUUCUCCUCCAGCAACAAGGACCAGGUGGCGGCACUGUGGGGCCAGAGGAAAGGCAACAAGAGGCCCAUGACCUAUCAGAAGAUGUCGCGGGCCCUCAGGAACUACGCCCGCUCAGGAGAGAUCUUCAAGGUGAAGAAGAAACUCACCUACCAGUUCAGCCACGACACUCUUCUGUCACUGCAGUGCUGUCAUCAUCUCAUCUGACGCUCUCUGGCAGCUACGGGUUAGGAUUAGGAUUAGGAUUAGCCCUAACCCUAACCCUUAGCUACAGGUGUAAAUAUGACUCAAUAAAUACAAGGUACUGUUAUUAACAACAAUUUAUAUUUGUACAAAUCAUCCUGUCCUGAUAUUCACCAGCACAGAUUAACCAGCAACAGAUUAACCAGCCA